GGUAUCAAAUUGUCCUAAUUCCUAGUUACCUAUAUUGUGAAUCAAAAUGUAUCACUCUAAUUCUAUGUCAAUAUUUUGUAUAAUUGCAAUGGAGUUUUGCGAACGUUUUUCUUUUUGUGGAUUGAGAACAAUAUUGUCUCUGUACUUGAGAAACGUCCUCUGUCUCCACGAGAACGCGGCCACUGUGGUAUACCAUUACUUCAUCAUGAUGUGCUACAUGAUGCCGCUGGUGGGAGCGGUGUUGGCGGACAACUUUAUCGGAAGAUACAAUGUGAUAUUGUACUUUUCAAUAAUAUACUUAUUGGGAACCAUUCUGACUUGUUGUUCGAGUAUCCCUCCUCUUAUGUUACCUGCCACUGCGACAUCAAUGACGGGUUUAGCGCUCAUAGCCACGGGCACUGGCGGUAUUAAGCCUUGUGUGGCCGCUUUUGGAGGUGAUCAGUUCCGCCUUCCCGAAGAAAACCAGCAACUUCAGCGCUUCUUCUCGACGUUCUACUGCAUGGUGAACCUUGGUGGGUUUGUGGGUAUGAUCGUGACCCCCGUUCUGCGCAGGAGCGUCAUGUGCUUCGGCGACGACGCCUGUUACGCUCUGGGUUUUGGCUUCACUUCUCUUUUGGUGCUGCUAUCAAUAAUUAUUUUUGUAUUGGGAAAACCCUGGUAUAGAAUAAAGAAACCACGCCACAACGUCACUUUGAAGUUUAUAAAUUGUGCAUGGUAUGCGUUCACAAAACGUCUCCGAUACAAUGCCGCCAAAGACGGCCAUUUAACACAUUGGCUGGACCUCAGCGCAGAGAAAUAUGGCGACAAACUGAUCUCCGACAUGAAGGUCGUCUUCUCCAUUCUUUACAUGUACCUGCCUGUCCCAAUUUUCUGGUCGCUUUUUGAUCAACAGGGUUCCCGCUGGACCUUCCAAGCUUCGAGACUGCGAAACGAAGUGUUCGGCUUGACUCUGAUGCCCGACCAGCUACAGGUGAUGAGUCCUGCCAUGGUGCUUUUUAUGAUUCCCGUGUGCCCGGGGGGCGCAUGGCCCAUUAUUCCGGACAUGCCGCCGCUGCAGAAGAUGUUCAUUGGCGGAGUGUUAGCGGCUUUGGCUUUCGUCUCGGCCGGCAUUUUACAGAUUGGCAUCGAGCGUUCGACGCUGCAAGUACCGGGGCAACAGCAAACAGGGCUGGUGUUUCUGAACACGCUGGCGUGCGCCGUGGACAUCGAGGUGCACGGCAUCGGGCUGGCGUCGGUGGAGGCGCACGGCACUACGCUGAUGACGCCACUGCCGCACGAGGCGCUGAGCAUCACCACUUGCUGCCCCUCAGAUUGCGCCGGCCGCGCCAUGCGGAGAGAAAAAGUCAUCGAAAAUAUACGCACCGUUGCUGGAAUGUUCAUGCCAAUAAUAAUUGGGCAAAACUCAGAUGACAAGUUAACGCUAUAUAUGAUGGAUCCUAACCCAUUCGCCAAAUCCCUGACUGGGAAACCCAAACUAAAGGUUGUGUUCAUCGGGGAGACUGGGCCUAACAAGAACGUCACCAUCGCCAUUGAGACGGAGAAGAGAUUGAGCAAUAUUUACUACGUGUCCAACGCGCCGGUAGACAACAUUGGAGAAUCAGCCUACAUGUGUCUUCAGCCUGGCAAGUUCAGUUGGAUAGCUAGCAGUGCAUCGGAGGAGAUAUCGGGUAGCGGCGAGGGGUACUUGCGCGCGGGGGGAGUGUACGUGCUGACGCUCCGCGAGCGGCUGGGCCGACUCGACGAAGCCGUGCUGCACGCACCCAACGCGCCUAAUGAGCUCAACCUUGCCUGGAUCAUCCCGCAGUACUUCCUCAUCUCCCUUGCUGAAAUCAUGUUUGCUGUUUCUGGACUGGAAUUCUCUUUCACACAGGCCCCAAAAAGCAUGAAAACAAUCACGAUAGCAGCCUGGUACGUGUCGGUGGCCUUUGGCAAUCUUAUAGUGAUCCUAGUAGCCCAAACUAAGGUGUUUCACUCCAGGGCGACAGAGUUUUUCGUAUACGCAGCAGUGUUGGGCGUGGCCAUGCUGCUCUUCCUCCGCAUGGCUCAGGGCUACGAGGCCCACAGCAUCGAGGGAGACGGCUCCUCGUCAGAAAGCAGACCUUUACUCCUUCAUAAAUCCCGGGUGGUAUCAGUACAUUCAUUAUCCACUUCGACCCGUGGUGGCUUCAACUGCCUUGCCAGCAGUGCAGGCUCUUUCCUGGGUCUGAUGGAGACGGAACAGCCGGCAGUGUGGCCCACCAGGGCCUUCGUGAACCUCGCCACGCCUAGUUCUAGCGAUAAUAUGGCUACAACAUUAGCAAAAGAAAAAUGAAAUAUAAGAAUUUUUACACAAUUUCCUAGUAGCACCAGAGAAACUACUUUAAUUAAAAGAAAAUUUUCAGUUUUUCUAUUAGUUAAUAUAUGAAUAAUAUUACAUUGCUGUGAUAUGAAUAAUAAGACUGAUCAGAUAUUUUUCAUAAUUACUUAGUUGGACAAAAUAGACAAAAUAAAAAUUGUUUAGAUGUUAUCACUGUAUUCUAGUCUAGAUCUAGUCUAGAACUUAUUUAUUGUAAUCUAUAUAAGUUACCUUUGGAUUCAUUGUUGUACUAGAUGGGGUUUUAGAGGAGUUAAGCUUAUACAUUAUUUUUUUAAUGUUUAGAAAAUAGUUGAUUGAAUUAUUGUCAUAGUUUUACAAAAUAAAGACUUUACUUGUAAUUUAGUGUUCCUG